AUGAAAAUCCUGCACUUUCUUACUUUAUUGCUUUGGCACUUUACUUGGUUUCACCCUGCUUUCUUUUUCUCAGCACUGAGCCCUGCUGAAGCAAGUCAAGGUAAUCCCGGACCCAAAUUAGGAUUGUCAAAAGUAGAUGGAAAAGAGAGGAACCCUGUGCCAAGGGCAGGUACCCUUAGAACGGGAAGCCAUGGAUACAGUGCUGGGAAUGCAAAGCCAAGGACGAAAAGCAAUAGCGCUCAAGCUGGACCGCUCUUGGCAAAGACUGGUGACUCAAAGAAGACUCCCCAUAGGGCAGGGAGCACAGACAAAAAGGUAGGACAGUCGACACACAGACAAUCAGGAAUAAGAACCGUGACCCCAAAGGUUCAGAACUUGGGCAGCAAGGGCCCACUGAAGAAACCUGGUACAGGGAAUUUGGAUGCCAGUUCCUACAAAGCCAAAAAGACUAAAGAACCUAUUGCCCAAAAGGACUCUAAGGAUGCGUUCAGACAUCCUGCUAUCACACCACAUGAGUACAUGCUCUCCUUAUACAGGACUCUUUCUGAUGCGGAACGGAAAGGCGUUAACGGAAGUGUCAAACUGGAAACAGGACUAGCAAACACUAUCACUAGCUUCAUAGACAAAGGACAAGAUGAUCGAACUCCAGCUGUUAAAAAGCAGAAAUACAUUUUUGACAUCAGUGCAUUAGAAAAAGAUGGCUUAUUAGGGGCCGAACUGCGCAUUUUAAGGAAAAAACCUUCUGACACUUGGAAGUCGCAUUCGCAUGGGAAAACAUGUCAAGUGAAAUUAUUCAGCUGCUCCACAAACAGGCAAGCUUCCAUCCUCUUGGACUCUCGGACAGUCAAUAUCAUGGACACAGCAAAAUGGGAAGUGUUUGAUAUUUGGAAACUUUUUAGGAAUUUUAAAAACUCUGCUAACUUGUGUUUUGAACUGGAGGCUUUUGAAAGGGGGAGGCCUAUUGAUUUAAGGACUGUGGGGUUCAAUAGAACAGGGAGGCAAGUCAAUGAAAAGGCUCUCUUCUUAGUAUUUGGUAGGACAAAGAAAAGAGACUUAUUCUUCAAUGAAAUAAAGGCCAGGUCUGGCCAGGAUGACAAAACGGUAUAUGAAUACCUAUUCAAUCAAAGAAGAAAGAGAAGGGCUCCUUUAGCAACUCGACAAGGAAAGAGGCCCAACAAGAAUCUAAAGGCCAGGUGUAGUAAAAAAGCACUCCAUGUAAAUUUUAAGGAUAUGGGCUGGGAUGACUGGAUAAUAGCCCCACUGGAGUACGAAGCUUAUCAUUGUGAAGGACUUUGUGAAUUUCCUCUUCGGUCUCAUCUGGAACCCACCAAUCAUGCUGUUAUCCAAACUUUAAUGAACUCAAUGGACCCAGAGUCAACCCCUCCAACUUGCUGUGUUCCAACUAGGCUGAGUCCUAUUAGCAUUCUGUUUAUUGACUCAGCUAAUAAUGUAGUCUACAAACAGUAUGAAGACAUGGUAGUGGAGUCAUGUGGCUGUAGGUAG